CAAAAAGCGAAAUGAUCGACAGUUKUGUCUCACAAGMCAUCAAAUUGARCGUCUGAGCGAAAUUUACACUCAAGUUUAAAACGAGUGUCGUCGUUAACAAAGGCAUUUCCAUGGAGUUAAAUGAAAAACAAUUAAUUAUUUAGGUUCAAAUGGAGUGAAUUUCCAUUUGAAAUUACUUGCGCAGAUCUUCAGUAUUGAAUAUUCAAAGGAUUCUCUUCGAAACUUUAAUUUAAGUUGGAAAAACACACUGCRUGYUCCGAAAAAAGUUGGGAAUUUGGCGACGGAGGAUCAUGUUGCUCGGUAUUGUUUUCGUAAUACAGGUUCUUUCUUACCUUCCACAGAUUUCUGCCACAAAUUCCUCUUUGGGUUCAAAUUCUUCUUCAGCCAUAAAUUCCUCUUCAACAGCGGGGGGAAGUGCCUUGUCUUCUUCUUCUCCAACAGCGACCAUAACUAUUGAGCUGCCUUCGAGUGUAUUCAGCUCAUCAGCAUCAUCAAUAUCACCAUCAUCAGCUAGCGGUCAGCAGGCAAAGGCGUCAUCAAUAAACGGACUAAAUGAUAUAAAAGAUAACCUGAAUAAGCUUAAUGACCUUCUUAAUAACAAGAAAACAUCAAGUAGUGUCUCGUCAUCUGCUAAUGAACAAAAAUGUGAUGCCGUUGACUGGGGCACUGGUAAGAAGUGUACUGACACGAAAAUGUGUAAGGAAUACAUCGAGUCCUACAGCAAUAAAAUGAAUUGCCUCAAGAGUAAGCCGCAAAAUGUUUCCAUSAUGGAACAGACUGAGGUGCUUGAAGAAAGCGGAUUGAUGCUUGCAGAGGCUUUGAAGAGCGAAAUCAGUGCAAUGCCCAAUAAAACCACAAAUUUUGCCGAAGAUAAAUUUGUGAUGGUAUGUGGUGGAGCUGACGAUAAAUACGUCAAUAACACAAAAGACACAUUUCUUCAAGUCCCGAGCUACGCUGACCCGUCAUUCCUGACAGGAAGUUGGGAGACGAUGAGAGAUUCUGUCUCCAUUCCCAUUAGUGAACUCAAAAGCCGAGGCCUUGAUUUCUGGCCCUACGUUUUCAUCACCUAUACAAAUCUGGUUGAGGAUAGACCAAUGAAACAUACUGAGAUUGAAACAGAUUAUGGCGCGAUAAUUAGAAACUCGCCUUUAACAGACUUGUAYCUUGAUGAAAACAACGAGUUGAAAACCAGAAAGAAGCAGCCAAAUGUGUACAUUAAUACAAAUGUCUUAUCGUUCUCUUUUAAAACAACCUUGAAAGAUUUGAAAACUCCUGUCCGAUUUACGCUACGACAUAAAAAGGUUGGUACACUGGAGAGCCCUUCAUGUGUAUACUGGGACAAGAAAUUCAGCAUAUGGUCAAAGAAGGGAUGUCAUCUGGUGGAGACGAACUCAACCCACACCGUCUGUUCCAGCAACCACCUUUCAAUGUUUGCGGURGCUAUGAAAACCAAGCAAACGGAAGAUUUAUCUGAACGAGAAACUCUUGUUAUUGUUGCUGUUGUGUUCGGCUGCAUUUCUCUUAUUCUUCUUAUCGCUGCGGCCGUCUGCAUCUUUUACGUCGGGUACUAUUCUGUGGACAAUAUAAAGAUCGCUCUCAAUAUUGACUUGUCCCUAAUCCUUUGCCAUCUUUUCUUCUUCAUUGGAUUAUCGAACGAAGCAUCSAAGUACCUUGCAACUCCAGCAACCUGUGAAGUCGUCGCUCCAUUUGUCCAUAUGUUUGAGCUCGCAGCAUUGUCAUUCUUGUUAAUGGAGGCGUUUCACUAUCGUAGYAUCUUYAAGUCAGUGUUCAGCAAAAARAACACCAGRACAUUUUACAUCUACGCCUCUCUAGGGUGGGGUAAGUUGAAGUUUUGUAGUCUUUUCCUUUUCUUCAGCAGUAGAUCAGAACURAGGUUGUAUUGUUUGUAUGUUACUAUCUUGGGUACGGUGAGUAGGAAGAUUGUAAUUCUCCAAGUGUUGUUACGUGUCAGCUUUUGUCGUCAGACUCCUUAUCUUAUCAUUUUUUCAUUUCCAGGAAUUCCAGUUGCAUUUGGYUGCGCAGUUGCUGGUUUYACCUACCAACAUCAUGGAUCGCCCUUCAGAAACGAGUUCUGUUGGAUGUCUGUCUAUGGAGCAGAAGCUUGGUAUUUCGGUGCACCUGUACUGAUCUUGGUUCUGCUCAAUUUGAUCGUCCGUGCUGCAACUUUGAAAGACGUCAUGGCUUGGAAAGGAGAUCCAGAUGACAUCAAUAUCGAAAGAACAAAAAUGCGACUCAUAUCAGCCAUCGUCCUCCUUCCAGUCAUCAUCUUAACCUGGCUUCUUGGUGUCCUGGCAACCAACCACUCUGAAGAUAAAGCCUUCCACUACUUCUUCGUGAUCUUUCACGCUCUGCAGGGGAUUCUUGUUUUUGUUUUCUACUGCGCAAGAAACACCGAGUUAUGGGACUAUCAUUCGGAAAAGAARCAGCACGAGACMGAGGAGAGGAAUGCMGUUUACCAYUUCCAAUACGUGCCAUGAAMAYACAUGGUCUCAUUACCAAUUCAUAUGCACYCKGAGUUGGCAUCCUGCAUGUCUAUCAUCACCUGCACUCGGCGAACUUUCKCCACUUCUGCAUGGACACCAUAUGCACUACCAAAUCAAGAAAGUCUUAUUCAGUUCCCUGGAUAAAAAAAGAUGAUACAGCGAAAUCCAUUCAGUUAAUUAUUCGUUCCUUUUCGACCAAAACAUUACCRUGGAAUACUCCAGUUUCGAGAUCUUAUUUGUGCAGCCUUAACCUCGAAAGCAUGUAAAAUAUUCUUUUAUUCAGCAGAGAUCCUAUUGUAAUGCAAACACUCUGUCUACAAAGAAGACAAUAAAAAUUUAUGUUUGAUUGAAGCUAAGCUUGCACAAAAGAGAAUUAGAAACUGGAGCAUUGCAGUCAUUUACCUUAGUGAUUUAGAGACGAGUUUUUACAGAGUAAACGUUACAUUGCCUCGUACCGUCAAAUUGUAUAAGUAAAACUACACUAUUAUACCAAAAAUAUAUGAGACUUUACAAGGAGGACGAUGUAUUCAGGUUUACGAGUAUCCCAAAACCUUUGCACGAUUUUCUCAUAUGCGAAAAAUCGCCAUAUAGUUAAUUUAAUUUUGAACUAAUCAAAUAGCAACUUUCAAGAACAGAUCUUAAUCAGAACAAACGGUCGCAAAGGUUGUCGGAUGCAGGUGGAUCCUUCACAUAUGUACUCAAUUGUUUUCAGUUAGAUUGUUACACCUCAGAUAUAGCGUCAAGCGCGUCUUAAUUUUAAUAGGAAAAAAAAUCCCCUUGCUGCCUUGUAAUAAACUAUUUGAAAAUGCAAACAUUAUUCGUUCACAUCAAUAAAAUACACAACUAAUGAUUCGGUGUUUAAGAAGCGUUUUUGAGUAUAUCUUGGAAGGUAACUUGAUCAAAAUGUCAAGAAAUAAAGAGAGUGAAUAAAAGACCGAAAGAAAAUAGGGGAGGGAGUAAAGAAUGGAAAGAAAGAGCUCGAGGGAAACACGAUCUGAUGGAAGUCAAAAAAGGAAAUGGGAACAAAAGAAUAGAAAGGAAAAAAGAGGAGAAAAGGGAAAACAGUCAUUAUAUCCAUAUAUUAUGCAGCUUUUUAUUGAAAUUUAAGCAUAUUUUAGUUGGCAACAAUCAACACGAAUGGAUUACAAUACAUUUAUAUUAAGCUAACGCUUAAAUGCUUCAAAAUCAUGA